GUCACCACAUUCAUCAUCAUCUUUCCGACACCUUACGCCGCUGUGCGAGAUUGAAUCCAUCUCAGCUCAAGAUGCCUCACGCUGCGACGAACACUAUCGACUCUGACAUCGUGGCGUUCGCCAACAGUAAUCCGCCUCCUCCCUACCCUGGUUCAAAUCAGUACGAUUUGACGCCCACUCCUUACACCCAAAAUCGACCUCGAUUGCCCGAAGAGAGAAGAAACUUGCACCUCACGGCUCUUCCCGAAGACGCCAAGAUCGUCAAAUUCCAGACCAUCGUUCGCGAAGGCAAGGAGAUUGUUGUCGGCAGAAUCAAAGUGCCGACCACCGGACCUAACGCUCACGCUUUCAUCUUACGCCGUUAUGACACAAAUGCCGUUUCUCUGACCACGAUGUUCAAGGUCGCGUUUCCCGGCGCAACCGAUGAAGAGGAGAGGCGAGAGAUGGACUGGGUGCGGUCCUCGUAUGACAUUCGCGACACGAACGGGGGUAGAGGCUGUGAUGCAGUCCGCUUGGCUGGUCAAUGGGUUAGCCGCCAUCUUGCCAUUCACCUCGCACCCGCUUACAACAUCUCUGAGCUCGUUGCGGCUCUCGCUCGCGCUGUCCCUGAUCCCAACGUCGCCUACCGGAAAUCCCAGAGGUCCCAAGCCGCCGCUGAGGAGAUGUCGCGUCAAAAACCAGAAGUCUCUGCUCGUACCAACACCGUUGUUCCUUCCAUGUCCAACGAGUCCGCGUCUCCAGCGCCAAAGCGUCAAAGACGCCAGAGCGCCCAGCCUGUCUCAGAUGCCGUAGAUACUGACGCAGGCAGUCGCCACUUGACGCUCGAAGCCGUAACUACGGUGACUGCCCCUACGGGUGCUCAGGUUGAUAUGGAGGCUGAAAUCCAAUCAGCCAAGCAACUCGUGAUGGAUCUCAAGCGCGAACUCAAUCUUCGAGCCGCUGCUGGAGAGGAGCUUGAGGACCAAGGAGCAGAUGUUGCUGAAGGUAGCCGGGGCACAAAGAGGAGCAAGGGAUCGGACGAGGGUGUUGCUAUCUCUGGUGGAGCUGGAAAGGACCGAAUCAUCCGACGAUCUAAAAGGGUCGAACAGACUGGUGUCGCUCAGACCGCUCGUCAAGUCGCAUGGGGGGCACUGAUUUUUGGCUUGGGAGUUGGUGCAGCGCUUUCAUUGCCUCAGUUGGCCGCUCAGUUCCUGUAGACUGUACGCUAGCUUAUAGCUAUAUACUUCCAUAGGUAGUAGACUCUUAUUCUGAUCACGCGUUUGAUAAUGACAGGUAGAAAUAUAUACCCUUCGUAUUUGUAGGUAUGACGAGAUGAGGAUACACAAGAAGAGGAGACCGA